AUGCCAUUUGAAAAGAAGCAUGCCUCAGUUGUUCCUGAGAACAACCUCGAGAGUGAGAAAAAUCUCAGUCAUCUUGACAAGAUCCACAUUUGUCAGCAGUCCUUUGAACACAAUGGGAAAGAGAAAGCUUUCAGCAGGCAGAAGAUAGUCCUUACUUGUGAGCAUGUUUAUACCAAAGACCUAUGCAAUCAGCAACCUGUCAGUGUGGGAGAAGCAAUUCAUGUUGGCCACUAUACAUCUUUCCUUACCCCCAAACAGAGAACUGACUCAGGAGAAAAUCUGUAUGUGUCAAAUGAAUGUAAAGAAAUCAGGAACCACAAGUCAGAACUCAUUAGAGUUCAAAUCCUUCAAAUUGCAGAGAAUCCGUAUGAAUACACCGAGCAUGGAAAUUUCAUUCAGCAGCAGUUAUCUCUCAUUAGGCAUAAGAGAAAGCACCCUGGGCAAAAAUCUUAUGAAUGCAGUGAGUGUGGGAGAGGUUUUUCUCUUAAGUCAAGCAUGAGAUUACAUCAGAGAAUCCACUCUGGGGAGAAACCAUUUGAUUGUAGUGAUUGUGGAAAACCUUUGGCCAGCAAGUCAGAAUUCAUUCAUCAUCAGAGAAAGCACACUGGGGAAAAGCCUUAUGAAUGUAGUGAGUGUGGAAAAGCUUUUAUUCGUAAGUCACACCUCAUUAGGCAUCAGAGAACGCACACAGGGGAAAAACCUUAUGAAUGUAGUGUGUGUGGAAAAGCUUUUGCCACAAAUUCACAAUUCGUACAUCAUCAGAGAAUUCACACAGGUGAAAAACCUUUUGAAUGUAGUGAGUGUGGAAAAGCUUUUAUUCGAAAGUCACAACUCAUUAGUCAUCAGAGAAUCCACACAGGUGAAAAACCUUUUGAAUGUAGUGAGUGUGGAAAAGCUUUUUUUCAUAAGCCAGACCUCGUUUGGCAUCAGAGAAGGCACACAGGGGAAAAACCUUAUGAGUGCAGUGAGUGUGGAAAAGCUUUCCUCAGAAAGUUCGACUUCAUUCAUCAUCAGAGAAUCCACACUGGGGAAAAGCCUUAUGAAUGUAGUGAGUGUGGAAAAGCUUUUAUUCGUAAGUCACAGCUCAUUAGUCAUCAGCGAAUCCACACUGGGGAAAAACCUUAUGAAUGUAGUGAGUGUGGAAAAGCUUUUAUUCGUAAGUCACAGCUCAUUAGUCAUCAGCGAAUCCACACAGGGGAAAAACCUUAUGAAUGUAGUGAGUGUGGAAAAGCUUUUGCCACAAAUUCACAAUUCGUACAUCAUCAGAGAAUCCACACUGGGGAAAAACCUUAUGAAUGUAGUGGGUGUGGAAAAGCUUUUAUUAAAAAGUCAUACCUCACUAGUCAUCAGAGAAUUCACACAGGGGAAAAACCUUAUGAAUGUAGUGAGUGUGGAAAAGCAUUUUCUGAUAAGUCAACCGUUAGAAAACAUCAGAGAAUCCAUACUGGAGAAAAACCUUAUGAGUGUAAUGAGUGUGGAAAACGCUUUUUUCAUAAGCCAAUCCUCCUGAGACAUCAGACAACACACACUGGAGAAAAACCUUAUGAAUGUAGUGAUUGUGGAAAAGCUUUUUUUCGUAAGUCAGACCUCGUUUGGCAUCAGAGAAUCCACACUGGGGAAAAACCUUAUGAGGGCAGUGAGUGAGGAAACGCUUAUAUUCGUAAGUCACACCUCGUUAGGCAUCAGAGAAUGCACACAGGUGAAAAACCUUAUAAAUGCAGUGAAUGUUGAAAAUCUUUUAGUAUCCACUCAGGUUUCAUUCAUCAUCAGAAUAUGCACACUGGGGAAAAUCUGUAUGAAUGUAGUGAGUGUGGAAAAGCUUUUAUUCAAAAGUCACACCUCAUUAGGCAUCAGAGAAUGCACACAUGUGAAAAACCUUAUGAAUGUAGUGAGUGUGGAAAAGCCUUUACUUACCAAACAGGUUUAAUUUGCCAUCAGGAAAUGCAUACAGGAUAA